AUGGCAUCCGCGACUGGAAUUCCCCAACAACCUCCGGCCGGGCGCGGUGACGAGGAGAGCGAGCCCCUGCUCGGUCGGCCCGGCGAUGCCUCCCAGAAGCCUGCUGCCUCCAUCGCCAAAAAUCUUAUCCUAGCUCCGUUUCCGUCCCCGUCCACAAAAGGCCGGGGGUCUGCAUCCGCAACAGAGCAUCAAUCUGGUGUCAGAGCAUAUUCCUACGGCAUCUCCUCCCUUCACGAGGCAACACCCACUUGUCCUUCGCGCCAUCUCCAGCAGUGCAGCAGACUCCCUUCAGCCCGCAAUACCAUGGCAAAACUAAUGUACUGGUGUCGUCGCCGAGGCUGGAGGUCUUUUGCUCGUUGCGUCCGUGUGGGCAGCAGUCUUCCUGCACCACCGUACAUCCUCUUCUCGGUUCACCCGCUGGCUCAAUCCUUUGGACUGCUUGUUCUCAUCCAGAGUAUCCUCAUCGUCCAGCCGACCGUGACGGCCGAGCAGAAGAAAGUCGGCCAGAAGCUGCACGCAGGGCUGAACUUCCUCGCGCUUGCAUCAUUCAUCGUCGGCGUCGGCAGCAUCGAGUACAAGAAGAUCCGCAGCAAUGGCGCCCACUUCAAGUCUCCGCACGCCUACAUCGGCGUUGUCGCCUCAAUCUGGCAGAUCCUCCAGUACCUUGUCGGCUUCACCAUGUACGGCACGCCUCAGCUCUAUGGCGGCGAGGCCAAGGCCAAGGCGAUCUGGAAGUACCACCGGAUAAGCGGAUACGGCCUGCUGCUCCUGUACAUGGCAGCCGUCACAUCGGCCACCAAGACUGACUACAACGUCAACGUUCUCGGUCUUAAGCUGUGGGCGGCGAUUGUGAUUGCCCUUCUCAUCCUCGCUGGUAUUUACCCGAGGAUCAAGAAGCAGAAGCUGGGCCUCUGA